GUUUCGCCCCACGAUUCGAAACCGUCAAACGGAUGAAAUCGUGGAGUCCGCAAUGGACUCGCGAGGCGCCGCCGCUCUCCUGCCCCCCUACCCUCCUUCUCUUCUUUCGCUUCUGGAUCUCGAUCGCUCGCCGGCGGUCAUGGAGAUGUGUGAACUGGAGGCGGUCACCGCCGCGCUCCCGGCAAAAAAGCGGCGCCUGCGGGAGACUUUCGACCGCCUAGUCGCCUGCUCCCCGAGGCCGCUCCCCUUACGCUGGGAGGAUCUUGACACAUACAUCUCCUCUUUCCAGUACUCCGCUACCCUCCGACACCACCGGGAUCACGAAAAGUCUAUGCCUGCCCCAGCACUUGCCCCCGCACCGGCCGCGAUGUCCCUGCUGCCCGUCACCGGCGGCGACGUCGGCCAGGUUCGGGUACUUGAAACUCCACGUCCUGCCCCCGCCCCCAUUAUGCCCGCCGUCUUGUCGUCUCCAGUCACAGACGACGGCGGCAUCCACAACCCUGCCCAAGCACUUGGCCCCGCUCCGGCCGCAAUGUCACUGCUGCCUGUCACCGUCGGCGACGUCGGCCAGGAGGUGCGGGUCCUUGAAAAAACAUGUCCUGCCCCUGCCCAUAUUAUGCCCGCCGUCUCGUCGCCUCCAGCCACAGACGACGGCGACGUCCACCACAAGCUUCGGACUCUCGUGACGUUCGAACCCGCCCCACCUAAAUCUCGUGCUCCAGCUCCCGCCGCCGUCGUCUCCGCGCCGAUUGCCACCGGUGUCCACGUCGAGGAGGGAAGGAAAAGGAAGGCGUUUACUCAGGAGGCGGAGGAAGUCCACAUGGCGACGCCUACGACGCAGACGCAGGAGGAGGGCCAAGCAGAGAUGCGGUCGCGAAAGAUCCAGGAGGAUGCAGCGGUGAAGAAGGAGACGUCUCCGUCGCACGACAGCAACCGCAAGGUGUUGGUGCCGGUUCCUCCAGGUGACGACGACAAUGGGCUCGCGGCGGAGGCCAACGCGAGAACGGACGCUACAGAUCAGGUAGAUCCCGUCAGCAAGGUCGCCAUUGUGCAGCCGGAGCUCCCUGAACCUGUGCCAGCCACGGCGCGGCGCGAUGCCACGAGCGCCACGAACCUUGUGCGGGUCGCUGGAGUCCCGAACUCCAUUAGCCUGCUACGAAGUCGUCCGCGCCGCCUCAUCCCAGCCUCUGACGCGGCAGCGUCCGCGGCGGCUGUCACCGGCAGGGAUCUGGAGAAGAGCAAGAAGCGGAAGAAGGUGCCCAGUCAGGAGGUGGAGGCUGCCAGCCAAAAGGUGCAGAUGCAACACGCCGUGCAGGAGGUUGUGCAACACGAUUCGGUGGUCGCCAAGAACAUCCCCUCUCAUGAUGGCGGUGAAGACAAGGUGAGCCUGCGUCGCCCUGCCCCCGGCAGCGGCAGUGGCCUCCCGAUCACGGCCGUCACAACAGCCACAGCGGAGGUGGAUGCAGAUCCCAUUCCCAUCUUCAAGGCCAGUGGCAUUCGGCACGAGCACGAGUCCCCUGCCACGAUGCCCCACGCCUCGUACGCUAGUAGCCAGGGUGAGGGGCCCGACGUCGAGAUGGAGAUAGCGCAACUAGAGGAGAUGCCGCAGGUGCUCAUCAAAGAGGACGCGUCAAUGGCCGCCAUGAAUGCAUAUCAAAUACAAGUCAUCAAGUCCGAGCAGGACGGCAAGGUAGCCGCUGCUGCGGGCGCCACCAUGCGCGAAAGCUCACCCACCACCGUGACCCGCGACUCCCCCCCUAUCCUUGUGCAGGCUAGCGCCCCGGCCCCGACGAGCGCCGGCGGCGUGCCAGCUGCCACGCGCGACGACGCAACGGCCUCGCACGCUACUCGACGAGCACCACUGGCAGCUGGCUCGCAGCAGGACGCCAGUGACGUGAGUCCAUUUCCUCCAUGUGGAGGCAACGGACUCGCUCAGUCGUCCCCCGUGCGCGCCGGCGCCGUGGCUCAGACGGUCAGCGCGCGUCAUAGCGCCGCCGUUGUCCGACAAGGUUUCCCGGCCACGGCCACUAACCUUGUGCCGGCUAGCAGCAGGCGGAAAGACACUGGUCCUUUGGAGACCAAUGCUUCCCCGAAUGUCGGCAAGCAUGUGCUCCAGCAGCAGCACAUGCCCGAGCGUGAGCCGACUUCUUCACCGGAAGAACAGCAGGAAUGGUCUUCAAAAAACCAUGGCGGCCGUCCGACGGACAACUCUCAACCUGUGCCUGAAGCACAGGACGCUGCUACUCAGAGGUCGUGGACCAGUCCCGGCGAAGGGAGAGACGGUGGAUUAGCUGCAAGAGGGCUACCUGGAGACGACGACAACAGAAACAAGGGCAGCUUCAACCACAAAGGAAAGCGACGCCUAUUUUGCUUAAAGUGCGGAUGCAAGGGCCAUCUCGCCGGAAAUUGUCGCACGGCAAAACACCUCGUGGCCCUCUAUCAGAAGGCAAUGAUGCAGCAGAAAUGCUUCAGGUGUGGAUGUACAGGCCAUUGGUCUCGCACUUGUCGCACAGAAAAACACCUGGUCGACCUAUACCAAAUAGAUCGAGCGGCCAAGUGUGCCGCAGGACAUCUUCACGAAUAAUGUCCAUUGUUUUUUGAUGUUUGUUUCAAGCUUAUUUAGGGCCAAACUUUCAAUAUCGAAUUGGCUACCAAAUUAUAAAUCAUGAUGGACUAUUGGAGCU